GCCGUCAACAGUAGCAAUAGGAUUUGAGCCUCGCAGGAAAACAUUCAUACUGCACACCAGCAGAACUACCCACUCUGUUACCCUUCUACGAGCAUGAAGGCAAUACAGCUUCCAGCUCUUGUGAAGAGCCCAGAUGGGCUCCAAGUUUCCAGCCUUCCGGACCUCAAACCUUCCCCAACAAAAUAUGUCAUUCGUAUUCGUGCAUGUGCCAUGAAUUUCUUUGACAUCUUGCAAAUUCAAGGCAAGCACCAACAAAGACCACCUCUUCCCUUCAUUGCAGGCAAUGAAUUUGCUGGAGAGGUUCUCGCUGUACCGACAGGCACAAAAUGGAACCAUACUUUCAAGGUUGGAGAUGGUGUUUUUGGAGCAGGUCUGGGGGCAUUUGCGACCAUGAUCUUGGCCGAGGAAGUGGAUCUGAGACCCAUUCCUAAAGGGUGGGGUUACAAGGAAGCGAGCAGUCUUUUCUACACAGCACCAACGGCGUAUGCGGCGCUCAUUCUACGAGCUCGGGCAAAGAAAGGUGACUAUGUCCUUGUUCACGGCGCUGCGGGUGGCGUUGGCCUUGCAGCGGUAUCCAUCGCAAAGUUUCUCGGCAUGACCGUGAUUGCAACCUCAAACACGCCCAACAAAAUGGAGAUCGCGCGCAAAUUUGGUGCCGACCAUGUCGUCGAUUCGAACGGCGACUGGGCAAGUACGGUCAAGAAACACACGCCAGGAGGCCGUGGUGUGGACGUAGUGCUUGAUCCGCUCGGUCUUAUCAAUCAAAGCUUGAAGUGCAUUCGCUGGGACGGACGGCUUGUGGUGAUCGGCUUUGCCGCAGGGGAGAUUGAAAAAAUUGCCACGAACCGAAUACUACUGAAGAAUGUGUCCGUCAGCGGCCUUUUCUGGGGCGAGUAUGCUAAUCAGGAUCCGGAGGCUGUGACUCAGGUCUGGAACAUAUUGCUCAAAGUGAUCGACAAAGGUGGGAUCAAGAGUAUCGCCUACACCGAACGUACUUUCUCUGGAUUAGAGUCGGUGUCAGAUGCACUAAAACUACUCAGUACGGGUACGGCAUGGGGAAAGAUCGUGGUGGAAUUGUCCGGGGAUGAGAAGAGUAGGCUGUGAAACAACCAGGGCUGGGACAAGUAUAUCAAGACAUAUUUCUUGUAUGCAUUUGUCAAACAGUGUGCAUGAUAUGAUACAUUGAAUUCUCUGCCUUUUUAUAACUACCUAUGUACUUACUACGUAUUUAUAGGUGAGAGAGGCAUCAUUUACCCACUUCCUAUAAUCGUGAUUUACCUACUAAUCGAGACCUCGUCGUCGCCCUUAAACGCUAGUGUAACAAGGCGCUAUCAGACUAUUGAAUAGUGCGGCAAGCUAUCGCGUAAUCUUGCCGUUUAAUAUACC